CGACCACAACAGCACCUUAUGCCAAUGCUAGUGUCGCGGAAAAACGCAAAAUGGUGCACGAGUUAUGUCAGCAAUUGAUACUCACGGAUGAACAAAUCGACGAGCUUACCUAUCGUAUCCUGCACGAAGUGAAGCGCGGUCUGGCCAAGGAUACCCAUGCCAAGGCAAAUGUCAAGUGUUUCGUAACCUACGUCCAGGAUCUGCCCAAUGGCAAUGAACGUGGCAAGUUCUUGGCCCUCGAUUUGGGCGGUACAAAUUUCCGUGUCCUGUUGAUCCAUCUCAAGGAGGAUCAUGAUUUCCAAAUGGAAUCGCGCAUCUAUGCCAUACCCCAGCACAUUAUGUUGGGUUCGGGUACCCAGCUAUUUGAUCACAUUGCCGAGUGUUUGGCCAAUUUUAUGGUGGAGCACAACGUGAAGAGUGAACGUUUGCCCUUGGGUUUUACCUUCUCGUUCCCAUUGACCCAGUUGGGUUUGACCAAAGGCCUGUUGGUGACAUGGACCAAGGGUUUCAAUUGUGCCGGUGUCGUCAAUGAAGAUGUUGUCCAGCUGCUGAAAGAUGCCAUUGCCCGCCGCGGAGAUGUCCAAAUCGAUGUGUGUGCCAUAUUGAAUGAUACCACAGGUACCCUAAUGUCCUGUGCCUGGAAGAAUCACAAUUGUAAAAUUGGCCUCAUUGUGGGCACUGGUUCGAAUGCCUGCUAUGUGGAACGUGUCGAGGAGGCGGAGAUGUUCGAUGGAGCCAGCAACGGCAAACCCCAUGUCCUGAUCAACACUGAGUGGGGUGCCUUCGGCGAUAAUGGUGCCUUGGAUUUUGUACGCACCGAAUUCGAUGAGGAUGUGGAUCGUCAUUCCAUUAAUCCCGGCAAACAGGUAUUCGAGAAAAUGAUUUCCGGCAUGUACAUGGGUGAACUGGUGCGCCUGGCCAUCGUGAAAAUGGUCAAUGCUGGUGUCCUCUUCAAGGGCCAGGAUUCCGAUGUCCUAAUGACACGUGGCCAAUUCUUUACCAAAUAUGUUUCCGAAAUUGAGGCUGAUGAACCCGGCACCUAUACCAAUUGCCGUCUGGUCUUGGAGGAAUUGGGUCUGACCGAAGCCACCGAUGAAGACUGUGCCAAUGUACGCUAUAUCUGUGAAUGUGUGUCACGACGAGCCGCCCAUUUGGUGUCGAGUGGUAUUGCCUGUUUGAUCAAUAAAAUGAACGAGCCGCAUGUAACGGUGGGUGUCGAUGGCAGUGUAUAUCGUUUCCAUCCCAAAUUCCAUACCCUGAUGGUGGAGAAAAUUUCACAACUCGUCAAGCCUGGUAUUACAUUUGAUUUGAUGCUGUCGGAAGAUGGUUCGGGUCGUGGUGCUGCUCUUGUAGCAGCGGUGGCAUGUCGUGAAGAUAAUUUACCCAAAAAGGAUAAGAAAUAAAGUGGGC